GGGUCAAUAAAGAAAAGAAAAAGAAAAAGAAGCUGCCUCACCUGUCUCGACCUCAGCCGUCUCCUCUCGAGUCUCUGACCCCAACCUCGCCGCCUCCACCGUGCUUCUUCCGCCCCGCCGCCGCCGCCCUGCCCCUCAAAGCGCGCCGCCUCCUGCUCCUCCCAAGGCACCGCCUACCUGCUGCUCCUUCCCACUCCGCUGUCUACCGGUACUUCUCCCCCCUGAGCCGCCCUCCCUUAACGACGACAUCCUCAAUUGCGGCACGACCGGUGGUUCAGCGGCGGGCGGCGGCAGCGUGGUCCAGUCGUUCCGGUGACGGCGCCACCAACGGUAUCCUAGGAAUCCCCAGGAGGAUACUACUGCUGCCAUUUUAAGUAAGAGAAACUGCCAGCCUUCGAGCAGUUGGUACCUCCUGACAUUCAAUGGCCCAAUCAUCUGCGGAGAAAACACCGUCGGUCUAUCUCUACAUCCCUAAUAUCAUUGGAUAUUUCAGGAUCAUCAUAAACUUCAUUGCAUUUGCUGUGUGCUAUUCCAAUAGGACACUCUUUGCUAUCUUGUACUUUUUCAGCUUCUUUUGUGAUGGCUUGGAUGGUUGGUUUGCCCGGAGGUUCAAUCAAGCAUCAACAUUUGGAGCUGUAUUGGACAUGGUAACAGAUAGGGUUAGCACUGCUUGUUUAUUGGCGCUUCUCUCCCAGUUUUACAGACCUGGCUUGGUUUUCUUGAUAUUACUUGGGUUGGACAUCACAAGCCACUGGUUUCAAAUGUACAGUUCUUUCUUAUCAGGCAAGACUAGCCACAAGGACGUAAAGGACACAGGCUAUUGGCUUCUGAAAUUAUAUUACGGAUAUCGGCCAUUCAUGGCCUUCUGUUGUGUUGCUUCUGAGGUCCUGUACAUUAUCCUCUUUCUCUUUGCUGACGAGAAGUCAACUAGCUUGCUUAAAGUGUGCAGAGGUAUGCUGAAGGAAAGUCCCCUCAUUGUCUUCAUCUUCAUUUCAACUCUAAUUGGAUGGGCACUGAAACAAGUGAUCAAUGUCAUCCAGAUGAAAACAGCUGCAGAUGCUUGUGUUGUGUUUGAUUUGAAGAGAGGCAAGUGAGAAAAAUGGUCGAGGUUUCGUUUUAGUUUGUGUUGGCAUAUGCGAGAAAAACAUACCGUCAGGCGGGCUUGGUUGUAAGGCACAUAUGCUAGCUCCUUGAUGUAUCUUUUAACAUGUUGCUGAUUUGAGGGUCGGCAUAGUGUGGGAAAAGCAGCAUGAAAAGAAAGGAAGAAAUGCUUUGAGGAAAACACAGAGAUUGUCAAGUUCUGUAAUCUGCAUUUCCUUUCUACAGUAAUUGAUUCGAUCUUUCUUUCUGUACCAGCGUGAUUUUUGUAACCAGGCAGCAAAUGUGAUGGCUCCUACCUCCUGUUAUAGUGGUCUACAUAUUCAAAAUUUUCUUGGUUGUUUUGUUCAUUGUAUCAGAUUAACGCCCUUUAGGCUUUAGCGUGGUGAUUAUUUUUUGCAAAUUCAUAGAAGUUUUGGAGCAGUGAUU